CAAAUUGGGCGUGAUUCUCGUGGGUCGAGCUAAGAGAGGGAGAGGGAGAGGGAGAGAUGGAGAAGGCUUCCUCAAUCAUCAGCUCCAUUUUCGGCAGCACUCCAUCAGAAGCAGAAGCAAAAAUCACUUCAAUAUUCGUAUAUCCCAUCAAGUCAUGCAGAGGAAUCUCCGUUCCUCAAGCCUCCAUCACUUCCACUGGAUUUCGAUGGGACAGACAUUGGGUGGUUGUCAAUUCCAAAGGAAGGGCAUAUACCCAAAGAGUUGAACCAAAGCUUGCUCUGGUUGAGGUAGAGCUGCCAAAGGAGGCAUUUAAUGAGGGUUGGGAGCCUACACAAGGUUCAUAUUUAGUAUUAAGGGCCCCCGGAAUGAAUUUGUUGAAGGUACAAUUGAGUAAAAACUGUGAACCAAUUGAUGGCAUCACUGUAUGGGAGUGGUCUGGUUCUGCAUUGGAUGAGGGAGCUGAAGCAUCAGAGUGGUUUUCAAAGUAUCUCGGGAAACCCAGUCGUUUAGUGCGUUUCAAUACAGCAUCAGAAACUAGGGCUGUGGAUCCUAAUUUUGCUCGGGGAUACAAAACUAUGUUUUCUGAUGAAUAUCCUUUCUUGUUGAUAUCCCAGGGAUCAUUGAAUGCAUUGAAUGAACGUCUUGCUGAGCCCUUACCAAUCAAUCGCUUCCGACCCAACAUUCUUGUUGAUGGAUGCGGACCAUUCUCAGAGGACUUGUGGACGGUACUGAAAAUUAACAACCUAACAUUUAAUGGAGUCAAGCUAUGCGCGCGCUGUAAGGUACCCACAAUCAAUCAAGAGAAUGGAAUUGCGAGCACUGAGCCAACAGAAACACUGAUGAAGAUUCGGUCAGAUAAAGUCUUACGCCCAACCAGAAAUCAACGUGGAAAGGUGUACUUUGGUCAGAAUUUGGUCUGCAAAGAGUCCCUCUCUACUUCAGGGAAAGGAAAGGUUAUUAAAGUCGGCGAUCCUGUUUACGUCCUCAAAAAGGUCUCUUCUAGUGCAGACGCACCCGCCUGAUUGCAGGUAGGGAAGGUGAUUGUAGCUUUGUAUGGUUCGGUGGACCACCACCAGUAUUUUGGAGCUUAUAUAUUGCCAAAUAAGCAUGUAAUGUAUAUUAUCCAAUAAGAAGGAUGGCCCAUAAUCAGGAACUGUAUUAUGCUUAAUUAUACAUUCUAGUCUCCAACUUAA